ACCGCGCGCUAACGUGUGCCGGCAUCACUUUCACGCUCGCUAACAAAAAACGCGGGAAAACUGCACGAGAAAUCUCCAGUUUUCCACCACUAACACGACCGCCGCCGCCAAUCAUAGCCGCGAUAUACAACUGUUUACCAAACAACAAUAAUGUCGAAAUAAAAGUCCCGACAAGAAAUUCGAAUUUUAAAAAGCCGUCGAGUCUAUUACAUCCUUCUUAUUUCUCUUCACCCUUCUUAUCUUCGUCUCUUCGUUCCUGAUUUGAACAUUCGAACGUGAGUUUUGAAAAUCGAAGAUAGUAUUGUAAACUUUUAAGUUAUUAGAGACAGUGUUGGUGUAGUGAGUUGAUCGAUUGUGGACGUGCUGGGAGUGCGUUCUGAUUUGCAGCCACUUAGUUGGGAGUACUAUGGGUAUUACUUGGAGAGCCAUGCCUUUGUUGAGCACGCUGGCCGCGCUGGUGAUCAUAGUGCACUCCGCCGAGGAGGGCAUGGAUAGAGACCUCGAUAGAGAGUACAGAUACGACCUUCGACCGAGGGUGCUGGACCCUGGAAGACCUAAUAACGAUGAGCCCUGGAGAGCGAUAGAAGCGGAGCCGAUGAUGCAACAAUCCACGCAAGUUGACAGUUUCUGGCAGGACUCUCCAGAGGAGCCCAUCAAACGUCGCAGACCAGUGCGGAAACGGAAACGUCGCCCGGUCGCAGCCGAUGAAGUAUCAUCUGACGAGAAGGCGUUCAAUCCAGACGCACUUGAAAGGGACCACUUGUACCCAGUCGCUACGGAAGUCAAAGGCAUAGAGGACCCAAUACGUUUCCGUGAAACACAAGAACCCCUUCGAUACAGAGAAACAGAUUACGAACCUGAACAAACAACAGAAAUGCCAAGAAGAAGAAGAAAGAAACCCAAACACCGGCGCAACCGAUGGGCAGAGGAAUAUUUAGACAUAGAUAGGCCUCUGCGGAGGCGCGGCCAAAGAAGGAAGCGACCAUCAGUCGAAAAUGACGAAAGUCAUUGGCCGAAAUUAAGUGAAUUCGAUGGCUCUAGGCAAGAUAAUGAACCAAAAGAAGUAGACCUAGAACCAAUUGAAGACGGACGAAAAUCACAUUUUACAGUCGAUUUUGACACCGGUACUAUUAAUGAAGCGGGACGCGAGCACUUUAACAAUCGAGCCUAUGCACAUCCAAAAACAGAAAAUAGAGAAACUGACAAGAUGGUACAAGAGGAUAGCUAUGAAGAAACGGGACAAAAUAAAUUUGUAAGACGGCCACCAUUCAAUUUUCAGGGUGAUACAAAAGCUGUUAAAGAAUAUUCAGAUGACACAAAUCAAGACCGCAAAUUGUAUGAUGAUACAAGACAAGUCGACUAUGUAAACCCAGAGGUUCCUAAAGCUGAAGCAGAUUAUGUAUCAUUACCACGAGACAACUAUCAAGUCAAAGAAGACAAACCUUUAUCGGAAUUUUCUCUGGAAAUGAUACCACCAGUACAAGUGAAACCUACUAAGGCCACUGACGAAAUAACACGUACAACUAAGAUUGAAGAGAAAAUUCCUGGUUUAAAGCAAAAGAAUAAAAUAUGGGACGAUCGACCAACAGACGCCGUGUCACUAAAAGAAAUAUUAAAACGGUCAAACGGUUCUAACUUGAUCGAAAAAUUACAGCAACAUAACUUGUCUCUCUCCGACUUGCUCCGCGGAAAAGAAGACGCUAUAUCGAUUCUCAAGUUAGAUGAGUCACCGGAACAAGAACCUUUGGUAGAUAAUAAAGAAAAUUACGAAAACAUUGAAGUAAACCAAGAACAAAAGGACGUUCCGGCAGUAAUUAAUUCACUUACAAUAAACGCAAAUAGUGAACCUGCUCAAAAUACUGAAUCAAGCGUAGAAAAACGUGACGAUAUAGAAUCACAAAGUUCAGGGAAAGAGACCAAUCCAACAAAAGAAGAAGUAAAAGAAAACGUACCGAAAAUUGUACCUAAACGACGGUUUCAAGGAGCUAGAAGGAAACUAAGAAUGAGACCAGCAGUAAACGGCACUUACAAAGGUCAACUAAACAGGGACUUAAUGGCACAAACAGCAAGAAGAUACCACUUUAGUAGAAAUGCUACGAAAUCAAAAGAAUGGAAAAAUGUAUUAUCAUUGAUGAACACAAAUGAGACAAAAGACGAAUUGUAUGAAAAAGAAAUAACUGAGGAUCCUUCGACAACUACAUCUUUGCCAGAUGAAACGACAAUUCUUACUAACGCAGAGUAUUACAACCCAUCUACAAUAUUGAUACCACUUGAUACCGAAUCUGAUAUAAAUAAUAAAAAUGAAAACGACGAGAUCGUCAAAGAAACUACGCAAAUCCCUAUAACCACUACGCAAGAAACCACAACUCUGGAAAUCACUAGUACUACAGAUAAACCAAAAGUCUCUCGUUUGAGGCCCGCAGCAAGCCGCAUGGGAUUAAGACGACAAGCGUUCAAUAACAGACUAAAAAGAAAACGUCUUAAACAGAAGAAUUCUACAACUGCGCCUCCAGUCGAAAACGAAGACAUUGUAAUGGAUCUCUUUGGUAUGCCUAAUUUAGUCUCGUCAUCAGAGUUUAUAGCGAAAACACAAACACCAAAGGCUACAACGAUUGCGCGUAAUCCAGAAGAAGAUUUUACAACUUUAGACGAUUUUAUGACGACAGAGAAAUCAAAACAUACAGAAAGCGGACCACGGUAUACGAGAAAUUCAACAACAUCUUACACAACUUCCACAACAAGAGGCAUGCCUACCAUACCAAGAUAUUCGAGCACUACUGAAGAAACGGCGAAGUUCGAGAUAGAAGAGAUUUUAAACGACACUCGCACAAGUGCAAGGUUGUCAAGGAUAUUGAUGGAAAGAAACAUGACACUGAAUGAAUUGGUUGAACAUAGAGAAAGAGGCUCGAGUCACGUUCACCUGGCUGACAUAUUCCACAACGCCUCAAAAGAGCCAAAUCCUCCCGAACCCUUCCUUUCUAAAUCUUCCAUCGAACCUAUAUCCAAGGAAACGUAUCCCUUAAGAGCCAUACUAGAAGCCAACCUCCACGAUGCGGCAGCAAAAGCGACAACAAUAGAUCCAAACUCGGCUCAAGGCUCAUUUGUGAACAUUCCAGUAGUUAUGGAUUUUGGCAAUAACGUCAAUGAAAAUGGAGAAAACAUGGGCAUAAUGUCAUUGUUUAACAAAUUUACUGGAGAUAUCAGUGAUGUAGAAAAGAGUGCUAUUGGAAAAGACUCCGAAGGCACACCUUACGUAACGCAAGUUAUUGCUGUAAACCAUACUGAUUCAACAGAAACAGUGAGAGAAAGUAGAGUAUUAAAAGAUGAGGAAAACAAUCUAAAGCAUGAUGUAGUCGGAUGGAGUGAACUAUUUGAACUGAUGAGAAGAAAUCAGAAUGAAACAGAUGACUUUCUAACUCCCGAAGAAGAUCCAUCGGGGUCAAUUUCAAAUAAGCUUCUGUUCGAAGAUUCGGACGGGGACGGUGUAAUAGUUCUAGAAGAUUUGCAACGCCUUAAGGAUUUCGACAGCAACGCUGCAUCGACGUCAGACGAGAAAUUAGAGAUGAACACUUACGAAAGAGCUGAAGCGCCUAUUCAGCCUGGUAUUCUUGACAGAGCGCCUAGUAACACUAGGUCAGUCACUGUUGCGACGGCGAGUAUCGUAGGUCUAGCCAUGGUUCUGUUUCUGUUGACCUAUGCUGCGUUCAAAUGGAAGCAGCAAAGGAAUUUGCUAAACAAGAAACAGAGUUUCAGCGACGAAAGAAUUCCUACGCCGGUGUUCGAGAACAGGAAAGGCCAUAAGAACAAUUGUAGCACAAGAAGCAUUAGUCCGAUGCUCGCGUCUUCAAACAUCUACACCAUGAACACGUUAGAUUCCAAUGCAACCGGCAAAGAGUCCCCAGAUUACAUGUGGGACAGUCUCAGAAAACCGUUCCAGUAGGCAGAAUUUUGUCAAGAUAUUAGACUGAAUUUGUAAGUAUUAGUCUUAAGCCUAAGCUUAUUGAAGAUUUAUUUAGUUUUAUUUUACAUUAUUUAAACUAGUGACCUGAUUUUGAAUUAAGGGAGUUGUAUUACAUAUUUAUUUAUUUAUUCUCUGAUAUAUCUCUUAUCAUGUCUUGGUAGUCAAUGCAGCUUUUUAGUAUGCUUUGGGUAAUCUGUGCCUCUAGUCCUAAAGCGAAAUUUGAAGUCAAUUCUCAAUAUUUUGUAUUGCUUUAUAUGACUUUCUAUUUACUUAUUAAUUUCUUUUAAAUAUAAUAUUGAUGUUCAGUAUUAUAAUUUUAUUGCAGCUGCAAUGUGACAUUAUCAAAGAAUUUAUAUAGAGGUUCAUACUUUUAUAGCUUCUUCUUUAAAUAAAUAAAGUUAAGAGCU